CACUUGUAUUACACUAAUAAAGCUUCCAAAAUCAUAGCAUAUAUAUUGUGAUUAAAUUGAAUUAGAUUAAUAAAAUAGAAAGUCUAGUAACCGCUGGAGAGGAAAUCCUUAGAUUAAAAAUACAGUGGUAUUCUCACUAAGGCGAAGAACACGGCCACCAGUGUACGGGCUUCGAGCAUUGUCAUUGGUCACACUAAUGAAGUUUUGGAUAUUUCUGCAAUUGAUUUAGAAAAUUUGGAAACAAAAAUGAUGAGAAAGGCCUUAUUUAUACUGAUAUUGGCAACUGCGAAGGGCCAAAUGAUGGAUCUCUUUCAUAGCGAUUUGGUUGCUUUGGAUGCUGCGUGUUCGACCGAGUUUUUUUGUAAUGGUAGUGAUUACCAGAGUGCAGAAUACUGUAUGUGUGAUGACCUGUGCGCAAAGUAUGGCGAUUGUUGUCCAGACUCCGUCCACUACAGACGGGAAGAUCAGGUCCUGCCAGAGAGGUACAAGUGUGUGAGCACGAAUAAUGGCAAGUUUUACAUGAAGAGCGUGUGCAUGUCAGGGUGGGAGGACGAGGAGGUGGCCCAGCUGUGUCUGGCGGGCUCCCCGGCAGACAUCUCCAGCAGCAGGGACCCGCUGGCCCACCUCCCCGCCACCAGCAACACCACCUCCGUCACCUACACCAACUACUACUGCGCCAUCUGCAACAACGACUCCCACGACCUCACGCUCUGGAAGACACAACUGGAAUGUGUCGACAAUGAGGAAUAUUUUCCAGAUCAGCCGGAUAACUAUAUUCCAGAUCAGAAGGAUAACUAUAUUCCAGAUCAGCCAGAUAACUAUAUUCCAGAUCAGCCGGAUAACUAUAUUCCAUAUCAGCCGGAUAACUAUAUUCCAUAUCAGCCGGAUAACUAUAUUCCAGAUCAGCCGGAUAACUAUAUUCCAGAUCAGCCGGAUUACUAUAUUCCAGAUCAGCCGGAUAACUAUAUUCCAUAUCAGCCGGAUAACUAUAUUUCAUAUCAGCCGGAUAACUAUAUUCCAUAUCAGCCGGAUAACUAUAUUCCAGAUCAGCCGGGUAACUUAUCCGAAUACAUAACUUCUCAUUUAUUAUUCGAUAACGGAUCUUGGGGUGCAUUUGUUCCCUUUAACGGUAAACAAAUAUUUAAGAAAUGUAAUAUUAACAUUAAAAUUCCCGAUAUUCCAUUCCCUACAAGGAAAUGCGACUCCACCAUCAACACGUGUGCUAAGAACUGGACGGACGCUUCUGUUGCUGCUCUGUGUCACUCUUACACGGCAGUGAGGUAUGAGGGAUUUACGGCCUACAGGAACCCCCACUGUCUUCUGUGUAACUGGAAAUCUAUCUCCUCAAUAUAUUGCGGUAUAGCUGCUGGUCCAGGGCCACCUUCUUUCUCUCUACUAAUUGAUUUUGGUUACCACAGCGGUGGUAAUAAUGUCGGAAUUGUAAACCUUUGCCAGCCCGACGAAGUUUAUGAUAACUUUUUAAAUAAGUGCAGAAAUGUUUCUUGGGGGAACAUAAGUCAGGUAGACAAGGAAGACAAGGGUCAUGAAGGCGACAAUAAAGUGACAAUCAACACAUCGGAUUUCUCAGCUUGUUGUCCACACAACACAAGGAAAGCCUUUCGUAGCAAUUUAGUGUCUACUGAAUCAAAUGAAACACUUAAUUGUGAUAAAAUACUUCUUUCUGAAGGCGAAUUCACGUUGAACGAGAAGAGAAUGGUAAUUGUAGAAGCUUACGCUCGAAGUUACCAGGUGGGAGAGUACGAGGUAACUGAAGGUGGCGUCCUUGUGUGCAAGCCACAGGAACUCUCACACAAGUUCUCCUCGGUGUUAGGUUGGGUUUCACUGGUGGGUCUUGGGUUGUCCUGCCUGUGUCUCCUGCUGCACCUGGCUGCCUUCCUCUUGGUGCCUCAUCUUAGGAACCUUCCGGGCAUGUGCUUGGCGUGUCUCUGCCUCUCUCUUCUCACCGCCUACACCAUCUUCAUCUUCAGUACCUUCCUCGAGCCUAAGACGACAGGAUGUUACAUCUCGGCAGUUAUAAUGUAUUACUCCUUCCUCGCCGCCUUCUGCUGGAUGAAUAUCAUGGCCUUUGACGUGUGGUUGACAUUUCGACAAGCUAAAGAUGAGCUGCGAGUGUCAUCUGGGAAACAGCGAAGCAAGUUCUUAUUCUACUGUGUGUACGGCUGGCUGCUUCCCGCCCUGGCAGUAGUGGUGACAGUAACCCUUGACAUGACCGCCCCUGCAGGUCUGUCCCCUCAGUUCCUGCCCAGCUUUGGUCAACGUUGGUGCUGGUUUGGGAAGCGCAAGGCCUUGUUGGUGUUCUUUGGUGCUCCAUUAUUCACAGUCAUGGCUCUCAAUGUUGUGUUUUUCCUUAUUACUUCAUACACCAUCGGUACCAGCACACAGUCGACGCUGCGGAAGAGUUCGAGUCCACAAGAUAAGAAACAGUUUGUGCUGUAUGUGCGACUGGCCGUGCUUAUGGGCCUCACCUGGAUCACUGGUAUCGUGGCUGGCUACCUGCAGCUGCAGGCCAUCUGGUAUGUCUUCGUGGUGCUCAAUACCCUGCAGGGAACCUUCAUCUUCCUGACCUUCACCUGCAGGAGCAAGGUGUGGAGGGACGUGCAGGAGCGCUGCCGGUCUUGUCUUCAGCAAGUUUAUUCUCAUCCUGGUUCACAUACAUCAUCCCCAGGGUCAGGGCAGGAGGCGUCCUGCGUCGACAGUUGUCACGCCUCUGGCCACACAGAGUCAGACAACCUGUAGCGCGUCCAGGGCCUCUUCGGCUCAUCAAUGGUCACCACUCCACACACAUAUAUAAACGUUCUCUGGUUGCAUUAGAAAGACAGACAAGUGAGCCCUUUGAGGAUAUAAUAUUUCCCAGAUACCCAGAGAUAUUCCCCAGAUAUCCCACUGUCGUGAUGCGUCAAGGAGAAAAUCCACAGGAGCCGUGAUGAGGGUUCGAAUUUACGCGCUGGGUGUUCCCCGGCACACGCUCUAGACAACUACGCCACGACAUGGUCAAAAGGAUUGCAACCUGGGAUACUACUACACCCACCAGGGUUCCUGAGGCUUCCACUGAUGCCGGACCAGAGCUUCACAACCACCCCCCCCCCCCAAGAGCUUUGGCCCUGUCGUCUGGGACUCUCCUAUUUCAUUUACAGUCAGCCACAUCCCUGGUGCCUGCCUUACAGGGCAGGUCACACCAUGGUAAUAUUGUUACACAUUAAGACAUUGUUUACCUUUAAAAAUCUGUUACCAAACUGAACAAAUGUUAUAUAUUAUAAAUAUUGUUAACAUUUAUGUAAACAUAGCACAAGUAUAUAUCAAGUAUAAUCCACGUCCUGUUUGUACUUUUUAAAGUGUUUUGCAUUUUGCAAGUGUAUAUAAUAUGAGUGUAAACUUAGAUAAGAUUAUAAGAGUUUUGUAA